AUGUUUCGUUGAAAAAUUGUAAAAUAGUGGUCAGUCUGAAAAUAAGUUUUCUUUAGGGAUUAUUUUGCCUUGCAGCAUCAUGCAUGCAUGUCUCUGCCAUAACAGUUUAUAAAAGUAUAUGGUUUUGGCCAUAACGUUAUUUCAGAGCCAUCAUAAAACCAUACCUCAGGCAACAUACUUGGAACUAUAUCAUGCUGUAACUAUGAGGGAGCUUUUUUAAGGCAUUGAACACUUGAGACGCCUGGUUCCUAUCACCACUACUGUGAGCAGUUCUGCCUCAGUUUCUCAGAAAAUGGAGCAUUUCACAUCAAACUGCUGAGUAACAUUGUUUACGUGUUAAUGAACAGUUAAUAAUAAAGAUAAUUUGAAAAAUUGGUUGAAUUCUCUUUUAAAAUAUGGUCAUCGGUUUACCCUUGUGCCUUCUCAUCAACUACUGAAGUGUUUUAGCUUCAGUCUUGAAUGCGUCUGUUUUAGGGAUAGCAGUGAUUUGAAUGCUGAUGCUUUGGGAUUUUCGUUUAUAUCCACUAAUUUUUCCAUUUAUUUUGUCUCCAGCUAUGUUUUUGCUGGUCAUUUGGAAAGCAUUCUUUCUUCAUUGUGGCUCGUUUCCGCUAUGAUAAAUAAGCUUAUGGCAGCAAGGCUCUCUCUGGGAAUUGGCCAUUUUGUAAAGCUAAUGCAAUAGCCCUGGAUUCCUAAUGUUUACUUCCACUUCCUCAUGUUCACAAUCAACGUUUAACGGGCAGUGAGGUCAGAGGACAUCACUGUCACUGCUGCCUGCAACAAGAAAGGCUGAUCUUACCUAAUGGCAUGGUGUGUCUCCUUCUUGAGUGGAACCAAUUUUAAAAUUAUACUGGGAAAUGAAAAGGCUUGCAUGCAUGCAUUCCCUCUCCAUGAAUCAAAUAUUGAACUUUUGGCUUGCAUUAUCUGUAAUCUGCUCUGUGGUCAGGCUUGUGCCCCCAAGAAACCGUGCUUCUCAUUCUUUAUAGAAAAUACUGCUGCACUGCUUCAUUAGUUCACUUACAGCUCUUUUAACUAACCUUUUUUAUAUAUUGUUCAUAGGAAAUGCAGAUGCACUGGCUUAAAGCAAACCUAGUAAUUGACAAAUCAUAGACCACUUGACCUAAUUAUUUUGCUGUUGCCUGCGGGAUACUGAUAACCAAGUUAGUUUUGCUCUUCAGUUUGUCAAGGUUGCCUUAAAUGAACCUGUUAACCCUUUUUGUUUUAUUUGUGUUUGCAAUGCAUGUGAAUCGGUAGCAGUAGUGUUCUUGGCAUCUAGGUUGGAGGGGUGUGCCUCGGGGUGUGGGAACAGUAUGGAGGUUCUCCUCUAAUCCCUUUUGAGCCUGUGUUUUGCACGGUCUGUCAUCAGACUUUUUGAUUUCUGUUUUUCUUCACUCAGGUAACCCCUCGCCCCCUCCCUUCCCUGUUCCAUCUCCUAAGCGCCUCUUCCCGCCCCCUACCCCUCCCCCCCACUAACGCUCCCACAGAACCCUAGCCCAGUGGCCCUCUUCCUAAAUCCCUGUUAGGAAAGCGAGUUCUCGCCUCCGUCUGCAUCUCUAACCUACCUGCCCAGGAGGGGGCUGACCAAACGCUCGCCUGAAACCCCAACAAUGUCGUCCAUCUUACCAUUCACCCCUCCGGUGGUGAAGCGCCUGCUGGGUUGGAAGAAAUCUGCCAGCGGCUCGGUUGGAGCGGGUGGGGGCGGAGAGCAGAAUGGCCAGGAGGAGAAAUGGUGCGAGAAGGCCGUGAAGAGCUUGGUGAAGAAGCUGAAGAAGACAGGCCAGCUGGACGAGCUGGAGAAAGCAAUCACCACACAGAGCAACAACACCAAGUGUGUGACCAUUCCCAGCAAUUGCUCUGAAAUUUGGGGACUGAGUACACCAAAUACGAUAGAACAGUGGGAUACCUCAGGCCUAUACAGCUACCCUGACCAAACCAGAUCCCUGGAUGGCCGUCUGCAGGUGUCUCACCGUAAGGGGCUGCCUCAUGUCAUCUACUGUCGUCUCUGGCGAUGGCCGGACCUGCACAGCCACCAUGAGCUACGCGCCAUCGAUACCUGCGAGUACGCCUUCAACCUCAAAAAGGACGAGGUGUGCGUCAACCCCUACCACUACCAGCGGGUGGAGACACCAGUCCUUCCUCCUGUCCUAGUGCCAAGACACACGGAGAUUCUGACUGAGCUGCCUCCUCUGGAUGACUACACCCAUAACAUUCCUGAAAACACCAACUUUCCUGCUGGGAUUGAACCCCCUAACAACUACAUACCAGAGACUCCUCCGCCAGGCUACAUCAGUGAGGAUGGAGAGACCAGUGACCAGCAGUUGAAUCAAAGUAUGGACACAGGCUCUCCUGCAGAACUGUCGCCGAGCACGCUCUCGCCCGUCAAUCAUGGCAUGGAUCUGCAGCCGGUGACCUAUUCAGAGCCUGCCUUCUGGUGCUCCAUAGCCUACUAUGAGUUGAACCAGCGGGUGGGGGAGACAUUCCAUGCCUCGCAGCCCUCCCUCACUGUGGACGGCUUCACGGACCCCUCCAACUCUGAACGCUUCUGUCUGGGCCUCCUGUCCAACGUUAACCGCAAUGCCACUGUGGAGAUGACCCGGAGACACAUAGGCCGAGGAGUCAGGCUGUAUUACAUCGGUGGAGAAGUGUUUGCUGAGUGUCUUAGUGACAGUGCCAUCUUUGUUCAAAGCCCCAACUGUAACCAGAGGUAUGGCUGGCACCCUGCGACUGUCUGCAAAAUCCCCCCAGGCUGUAACCUGAAGAUCUUCAACAACCAGGAGUUUGCUGCCCUCUUGGCCCAGUCGGUGAACCAGGGCUUUGAGGCUGUCUAUCAGCUGACCAGAAUGUGCACCAUUCGCAUGAGCUUUGUCAAAGGCUGGGGGGCUGAGUACAGACGGCAGACUGUGACGAGCACUCCGUGCUGGAUCGAGCUGCACUUGAACGGUCCGCUGCAGUGGCUAGACAAGGUUCUGACCCAAAUGGGCUCUCCCACUGUCCGCUGCUCCAGUAUGUCCUAAUCACCAAGACAACGACCCCCACCCUCGAAAAUGACAAAUUCUACAAUCACAACAAAUGACAACUUAGAAGAACAACAGACUUGCUAUAAUCCCCCACUCAUAGUACUUGUCUCUCGCUCUCUGUCUCUCUCUUUAUCUCUCUGUCUUGCUCUCUCAUUCCUGACGUUCUCACUGUUCGGAACUGAACAUGGCACUUGCUGUCACAUCAGCUUCAUGCACCUUUUAUUCGCUCUUUUUAUUUUUUUCCCUCCUAAAAUCCUCAAUAUUAAAUGUAUUAGUGAUAGAAUUUGAAAUGUAUAUUGAUUUUGAUAUUUUCAUUUUGAUAAAUGAAGACCAGGGAAGGUGUGUCUGUAAUAGAGAAGUACCAGAAGACAGUUGAUAACUUGGCACAAAUGUUUCAGUAAAGCAUUCCCUCCCCUCGAUGAAGUGACCACAAACUUUUUGCCGUAAAUAUUUUUUUUUUCCUGAAAUACUUUGCCUAACAAAGCUUACUUUUGCUGGCAAAAAGUCGUAUACCUUUUAACCUUGAUAUCAUUGCUGAGACUAAUCAACAAGGUCAAAGUUUUAUUGCACCUAGCGCCCCCCCCCAAACCUUCGAUUCUUGACAGUAUUGCCAAAAGACACCUUAAUCAUUUACAAUUCACGAUUGCUGCGCCCAACCACUAUAAAAGAAUGUUGCCUUUGACUUGGAGUGUGCUGUUGUAUGGCAUGCUUCUUUUGAAAUAUAACGUGAACAGAUAGGAAUGUUUUAACAAAAAGGAAACCAAGCAAAAACAAAAAGAAAAAGGAA